AUGGGUCUUAAGAAUUUCUCAUUUUCUGCAUUUUUUAUGAUCCUUCCGUCACUUUGGGCUGCUGCUGUUUUGGCUAGUGAUGCCAAUAACCAUGAGAAGCCAAAUCUUGAAAAAGAAAGGCUUCUCUCCACCAUGAUUGGUAUUCAAGGCAUCGUUUAUUGCAGAACAGGAAGUAAACUCACCCCUCUCCAAGGUGCUGUGGCGAGGGUGACCUGUGAGGGUGUCGAUGAGUAUGGGUACGAAACUGAGUCGUUUUCGGUCCUGAGUUGUGCAACAGAUGAAAAGGGGUAUUUCAUUGCAACAAUAUCUCCUAACGAAGUCAAAGAUCAUAAUCGGAGGCUAAGAAAUUGCAAGGCUUUCAUUGAAUUUUCUCCCUCGGAGGAUUGCGAUGUUCCGACUGAUGUUAACAAAGGUGUUUCUGGUGCUCCCAUUGGCUCCUUCAGUCGUCUACACCAUAAGAAUAUCAAGUUAUUUACUGUUGGGCCUUUCUUCCUCGUUCCACACCAAGAGGCUAAAUCAAUCCCAGACGGAUAUUGA